UAAGCUUUUAAGAAUACUGUCUUUUUUAAGUUGGUAAAGCACUUCACUGCUGUUUUAUAAUAAAAAAAAUCUAGACACUGUUUGAACCAGUUUAUUUCUGUUGUAGGGGCAAUCCUGGGCGCACAUGUGAAACUUAAGGGUUAAAUUCCCAACACUGUCGCAUAUGGCAGUGAGCAGAAUUGCAGAUGUUUGAUGAUGCAACAUAAUUAGUAUUCUUUUAUGUAAAUGAAGGUUGUCAAUGUUACCAUAGUAUCUACUUUCUUUCAAGCUGGAAUCAAUGCCACUUAGUCUCACCAAGACUAGACAGGAUUAUUCCACAUUUUUCAGACAAGAUUUGGGAGGGAACAGAAGAAAGGAAAGAAAGACAGAGAAAUAAAUGGUGGUGGUGGGGAAUCAUUUGAACUGGCUAUAAGUAGACCAUAUCCAUCCAUUCUUUGUUUUUCAUUUUAUUUCUGAAAGUGCCUUACCAGUUCUUUCUCAUGUGUGAAUGAAACAGUAAAAGGCACAGUGAAAUCAGAACUGUUUUAAAUAGCCAGGAAAAAAAUUUUUGUUUAAGUAUCUCCAUUUUAGAGAGACAAACAUUCAAAAGAUUCCACUUCUAUUGCUAUUUUCACAUGGAGGAGAACAAAAGACUGAGAGGCUUAACUUCUUCUAAAAUAUUCCAUCUUUAAUAUGGUGAUACUAAUUAGAAGCUGGUAGUAAAGUUUAAUUUAAACUUGCAUAAUACAUGUAAGAGAACAUAAAGUAUAUUUUUUUCAUAGUCUUGUCAAAUGUUCAAUCUGCAUACCAUUUGUAGUUGGCUAUUCUAGUGCUCAUCAUAAAACUCCUGGAAAGUAUCAUAUUUCCUUCAUUGCAUUUCAGCUGUAUUCCCCAUAAAAUGGCAUUCUGAGUUUUGAAAUAAGGCUUUCUAUAUGCCACUUCUAUAACUGUGUUUGAAAUGUGUAAUCACUGUCCGUAACCAUGUUGCUAGUCUGGCUGGGUAUUAUUACUACUUGGUGUAUUGAGGUACUGUGAUCACACGAUAUGUAUAUGAGGGCUUUGAAGCUGUGCCGCUUUAUGUGAUGAAGACCUGAGUAGUAAUUAAAUUCCUGAAGAACUGCCAAGUCUGCUGUUGGCUGAAAUGGGGAUGUUCCAGGCUCUGGUCAUUGAGUUGCGGAAAAAAGAAUGUUUAAACAUGACACAGUUAAAGCAGUGGAGACUUCUGUAAGACAUGGAUAGAUGCAAACAUGUUGGGCGGCUACGACUCGCCCAGGACCAUUCUAUCCUGAAUCCCCAGAAGUGGCACUGCAAGGACUGCAACACCACGGAAUCUAUAUGGGCUUGUCUGAAAUGCUCCCACGUGGCCUGUGGAAGGUACAUUGAGGAACAUGCACUUAAACACUUUGAAGAGACCAAGCAUCCCUUGGCUAUGGAAGUUCAUGAUCUCUAUGUGUUUUGUUACCUUUGUGAAGACUAUGUCUUGAAUGAUAACCCUGAGGGAGAUUUGAAAUUGUUAAGAAGCUCUCUGUCUGCUAUUAGAAUUCAAAAGCAUGAUCCAUCAUCAGCAAGAAGUGGUAGGACAUUGCGAUCAAUGGCUUUAGGGGAGGAUGUGUAUAGCCAUCAGAGGACCCCUCCGGGACAGCCUCAGAUGCUCACUGCUCUCUGGCAUAGGCGCCAGUCUUUGCUAGCAAAAGCACUGCGGACCUGGUUUGAUAAGAGUUCUAGAGGCCGGCUAAAACUAGAACAAAAGAAACAAAUGGAGGAACUGGAGAGAAAGAAGGAAGCAGCCAGGCAGAGGCGGCAAGAGAUGAAACGGCGACUUUUGGAGGAACUGGCGAACACUCCUCCUAGAAAGAGUGCAAGACUUCUGUCUCAUGUUCACAGAGAGAACUUGAUUCCAAGGAAGUUUAGAGAAAUAGCAGUAAGUUCCCCUACCUCAAGGCGAGUGCAAAGCAGCAAAUUCAAACAGUUUUAUUCCAUCCGGCGUAAGCCCUUAAUGACUCCUGGUGUGACUGGCUUAAGGAAUCUGGGAAACACAUGCUACAUGAACUCAAUCCUUCAAGUGCUAAGUCACCUCCAGAAGUUCAGAGAAUGUUUUUUGACACUUGACCUCUGUGAAACUGAAGAACUCUUAGCCAAAACGGUAAAUGGAAAGUCUAGAAUGUCUGGCAAGUUGGCAAAUGGAUCUGCUGCUAAUGAAUCGGGGAAGAAUGAUAAAAUGGGGUCAUAUGGCAGGCAAAGCUUGCCAAUUGGCUUAAACGGUGGCUCCUCAAUAAGCAGGAGUUUGGAACUAAUACAGCCCAAGGAACCAAGUUCAAAGCACAUUUCUCUCUGUCAUGAGCUGCACACUCUCUUCAGAGUCAUGUGGUCUGGGAAGUGGGCAUUAGUGUCUCCAUUUGCCAUGCUGCACUCCGUGUGGAGUUUGAUUCCAGCAUUUCGUGGCUAUGAUCAGCAGGAUGCUCAGGAAUUUCUCUGUGAGCUGUUAGACAAAGUGCAGCAGGAGUUGGAGUCAGAAGGAACAAAGCGCAGGAUCCUCAUCCCUUUCUCACAGAGGAAGCUCACCAAGCAGGUCCUGAAGGUGGUGAACACCAUUUUUCACGGGCAGCUGCUCAGUCAGGUCACCUGCAUAACAUGCAACUACAAAUCCAACACCAUUGAGCCCUUCUGGGAUCUUUCCCUGGAAUUCCCUGAACGCUAUCACUCUAUUGAGAAAGGGAUUGUCCCCGUUAACCAGACAGAGUGCAUGCUGACAGAAAUGUUGGCCAAGUUCACAGAAACAGAAGCUCUGGAAGGGAGGAUAUAUGCGUGUGACCAAUGUAACAGCAAACGACGGAAGUCUUCUCCUAAACCUCUUGUUCUGAGUGAAGCUAAAAAGCAGUUAAUGAUCUACAGACUACCUCAGGUCCUCCGGCUGCACCUUAAACGAUUCAGGUGGUCUGGACGUAAUCACCGUGAGAAGAUUGGGGUCCAUGUCCUCUUUGACCAGGUAUUAAACAUGGAACCUUACUGCUGCAGGGACUCUCUCUCCUCUCUUGACAAAGAGACCUUUGUCUAUGACCUCUCCGCUGUGGUGAUGCAUCAUGGUAAAGGGUUUGGCUCAGGACACUACACAGCAUAUUGCUACAACACAGAGGGAGGUUUUUGGGUCCACUGCAAUGAUUCCAAACUGAAUGUAUGUAGUGUGGAGGAGGUGUGCAAAACCCAGGCCUACAUUCUUUUUUACACACAAAGAACAGUGCAGGGCAAUGCAGGAAUCUCAGAAACACAACUCCAAGCUCAGGUGCCGUCCAAAAACAGCGAUAAGGACAGAAGACUGACAUUCCCAUGAUGGGAAGCAUUAAUAACUCAACUGACUCAGUUUUUUAAACCAUUGGUGUUCACACAUCUUUCCUCGUUGUAGGAAUAAAGGCUUUACUGCAGGAACAGAUCAAAUCACCAUGUUUGCCAUCCCAGGAAAAAUAUGCAUCAGGCUGUGCAGUUCCAUCAUACAAAAUUGUAGUCAGAAUCUUUUUAUUUUUAAUUGGUAAACCACACUUUCCUCAAAACAGCCACAGAUGCCUAUUAUUAUUCCAUCGUAUUUUAAACAAACUAAAUAAGGAAUGUAAAAGUAAGUACAACACAUUCAUUCAACCAGAAUCCACACCUAUCAUACUCCCAAAAUCGCUAGUAAUUAAUACUGGAUUACAAAAAUAAUCUCCAGGGGGGAAAAAAGAGGUAAAGUAGAAUUUCAUUGAACCUUCAUUCCUUUGUUGUCAGUUGUGUGUUCUGGUGUGAAUCACUUAAUCCAAUCUCUUUCCACCUGUGUUUAUCUGAAAGGCUUCAGUUUCCCAAAAUAUCUUGAAUAAAUGGAGUUGUACUUUUCCAUAAAGCGUUCUUGCUGGAGUUUUCUAAGGCCCUUUGCCCUAGGAAAACAUUCCACCAGGCCUUAAUCACAUUGUCUGUAACAGUACUGAAAACAGACUAGUACGGUUACAACAACACCUACUGGUGUUGGAGGAAGGGAUGAAGAUGCCCAUUAUUGACGUCCAUUGUCAACAAUGGAUCAUUUUCUUAGCCUAAAUAUAGCAGUGGAUACACAUGUGGCAGUGUUUUUCUUUAACUGGAUUGAAUUGACUUGGAAAUUUACUGUUUGGAUAUGGAAUGUGAAACGUGGUUCUGCUCUGGAAAGAGAUCAUGUGAAAGUGGAACCUUCUGAUGGAUCGAGUCUGUUCCCUGUGCAUGUUCAGAAUCCUAUCUGCAAACAUGAGCAGAAAAAUAAGUGCAAGGGUUUUAUGGGGGGUGCUACCAGACCAGUUUUUGUUUUAUUUUAUUUAUUUUGUUUGUUUGUUUGUUUUACUCGUUAGCACUACAGUGCCAACACCACUAUAGAAAAGUGAGCUGGUUUUUGCUUCUUUUUUGUGCAUAAAAAGAAUUGCUUUUUCUACUUUCCAAUCAGUCACACGUAUACAGGUUUGUUGAAGACAAUGAGAUUGCACAGAUGUUAUAGAGGGUAGAAUUAGGCCAACCACAUCUUUAUUUCAAGUGAUAGCUUGGUGCUCAAGAUCCAAUUUGAGUUUGCAGAGGUGCAGACUUGUAAAAACACCUUCAUACUUUGCAAUCUGAGCUUGAUAUAGAAAUCACUGACAUGCAACAACACAGGACCUCACGGUGCCGUUUUGCGUCCCUUUUCUGAGUAGAACCACACUUGGAACAUUUAUUUAGCCUGAGGAUUGUACUGUCCAUCUUUAAUUGUAGAAGAGAUCAGACCUAAGAGUUUGAAAGAGAUUCUCUUGUUCCCUGUGCAGUCAGUGUUGUGUGGUAGAAAUGGCUAAGGUGGAAACAUUUUAAAAAUCCAGUGUGCCAAUGGGACAUUUUAAACCUCAAAUAUUUAAACUUGGAAUCCAGGUUUAAAAAAAAAAAAUCUUGAAAUCAUUGUUU